UGUUGUGAGUGUGUGUACUCGGCUUCCUGCUGCUGCUCUGUGUCCGCACACCGUCCGUCUCUUCAGUGUAGAUCGGCUCGCCAUGGCGGAAGGACGCAGAGAACAGCCGCCCCAUCCUCUCCUCUCCUUACCACCGGCCAGCAAGCGACCCUGCCUGCGCCCUGCUCCCCGAGGUCCCGGUCCGGGGCCUGGGCACGGCAGCGGGUGGCCCAGCUCCCGGCUUCGUUCCCCGGAGUCUCUUCUGGACUGCGCGGCGAAGGCAGUAGCGGAAAAGUGGGCCUUCGAGAGAGUAGAGGAGCGCUUCGAGCGGAUCCCGGAGCCCGUCCAGCGCCGCAUCGUCUACUGGUCUUUUCCCCGUAACGAAAAGGAGAUAUGCAUGUACUCUUCGUUUCAGUGCCGAGUAGCCGGCGAGGAGGGUCCGUCGGCGGCUACCGGCGGGGCUGGGGGUGCAGGGUCCGGAGCUACAACCGCCGGCGGUGGCGGAGGAUCUACCGGUACGACGGCUACCGUGGGGGCAGCCGGAGCUGUGGGAACGGGAGACGGGCUGCCUUUCCGCCGGGGUAUCAGGCUACUAGAGACAGGCUGUGUGGAAAACGUUUUACAAGUCGGGUUUCACCUCAGUGGCACAGUAACUGAACCCGCCACAUCAUCAGAUCCAGAGGUCACCCACAAGGUGGCCAUCAGCUUCGACCGAUGCAAGAUCACCUCCGUCACCUGUGGUUGCGGGAACAGAGACAUUUUCUACUGCGCCCAUGUGGUGGCGCUCUCUCUUUACAGGAUUCGCAAGCCUGAACAGGUGAAGCUGCGGUUGCCUAUCUCAGAGACGUUGUUCCAGAUGAACAGAGAUCAGCUGCAGAAGCUGGUGCAGUACUUGAUCACGGCGCACCAUACCGAGGUGCUGCCCACCGCUCAGAAACUGGCAGACGAGAUCCUCUCCUCCAACUCUGAGAUCAACCAGGUCCACGGCGCUCCGGACCCGACUGCAGGCGCCAGCAUUGAUGAUGACAACUGCUGGCAUCUGGAUGAGGAUCAAGUCAGGGAGCAAGUCAAACAGUUUCUGUCACAGGGAGGAUACUAUGGCUCUGGGAAGCAACUCAACUCCAUGUUCGCGAAGGUGAGAGAGAUGCUACGAAUGCGAGACUCCAACGGAGCCCGAAUGCUGACGCUCAUAACGGAACAGUUUAUGGCAGACCCUCGAUUGUCGCUAUGGAGACAGCAAGGCACGGGCAUGACAGACAAGUGUCGUCAGCUAUGGGAUGAACUUGGUGCAUUGUGGGUGUGUGUGGUGCUUAACCCCCACUGUAAGAGCGAGGAGAAGACCGGCUGGCUGAAGCAGUUGAAGAAAUGGGGCGACAUGGACAUCUGCCCGCUGGAGGAUGGCAACUACGGCAGCGAGCUUCCAAACAUCACCAACGCUCUGCCGCAGAGCAGCCUGGCACAGGAUUCUCUGACCAGGCCGAGGAGGUCGGUGUUCAGCCGGGCCGUGGAGGCGUGUGACCUCCACUGGCAGGACAGCCACCUCCAGAGGAUCAUCAGCAGCGACCACUACAUGUCUCCAUCCUACCAGAGGGAGGGGGAGAGCCUGCUGUUCAACCCCCAGGGCCUGCCGUUGUGGCUCGACCACGUCCCGACGGCUUGCGCUCGCGUCGACGCCCUGCGUUCCCACGGCUACUCCAGGGAGGCAUUACGAUUGGCCGUCGCCAUCAUCAACACACUCCGCCUACAGCAGCACAGACAGAUGGACAUCUACAAACACCAAAAGAAAGAUCUCCUCCAGAGGGGCGUGACCUCCACCACCAACCUGGAGGGCUGGGUGGGUCAUCCCUUAGACCCGAUUGGCUGUCUGUUCGUCACCCUCACCGAAACCUGCCGUGUGGACGACGACAGCACCAUGGAUACGGGAGAUGGUGACCUCAGGCCUCCGGUCUACCACCAUGUUCCGUGUGAGGCAGCUGCUGAUGGAGGGGAGUCCUACCUGACUUUGGCCUUAGAGGUAGCUCUGAUGGGAAUGGGCCAGCGCAGAAGGAUAAUGGCCGAGGGUCUCUACGCUCAGAUUAAGGUACAACUAUCGUGA